AGAAAUUACCGGAGCCUCCGUGUAAUGACAAGCCCUUUUCCCUUACGCGUGGACUGGCCAAAUCGUGUUGUGCAAGCGGAUUGUGUAAGCACGUCACUGAUCGUCUUAUCGGUGCCGAGACCUGCAGGCGCGGCUUCCUGCAGCAGCCGCCCAAUACUUUACGCCUCCCUGCCGUCCCGCGAAUAAACUCAGUGCUACUUGGAUCCCUGCACGGACGUGACAGCGGAGGAGCCGGGUCAGAUUGAAGACGGGGACAUCGACCUCACACCUGUGCCUACAAUAACUCACCGCAGGGUGUGCUACAACGAGCACAACAGACGUAUCCUUUGCCAUUACCAGGCUCACUAAACGGAACAUCGCCAGUAUGCCGCCCCAAGAGAAGAACCUCGACGAGCUCGACAGAGUCAUCGACACAUGGCCCAUUAUCGACAACCACGCUCAUCCCCUGCUCAAGGCCGAGUACCUGGAUAAGUACUCUCUGCUGUCCAUUGCCAGCGAGGCACACGGCGACGCCCUGCCUGAUCAUAAGAGCAGCCUGCCUCAUCUGAGAGCCACGAGCCAGCUCGCGACGCUGCUUGGCUGUGACAACAGUUGGGACCAUGUAGAGGCAGCCAUCCAACAUGUUCGCAAGACAGAUCCGGAGGCAUGGACCAGAAGAUGCCUUGCGGGUAUCGAGACGCUGCUACUCGAUGACGGGCUAGAUGGCCCAGGAGAGGUGCAUGGUUAUGCGUGGCAUGAUCGCUUCACACGGAGCAAGUGCAAGCGAAUCGUCCGCAUAGAGACAGUGGCUCAGGACAUCAUCCGCACGCAUUGUGCACAAUAUCUGCAGGACCAGACACGGUCCAUCCCAGACCACGUUGAGCAGAUCUUCUCUCAGUUCCAACAAGCGAUCAAGCAGGCAGUGGAGGACCCAGAAGUUGUUGGCUUCAAGUCCAUUAUUUGCUACAGAAGCGGCCUUGACAUCUCCCGGCGUGCAAGUGUCGACAAAAAAAGCGUAGCGACUGAGCUUGCGGCCAUUCUUGAGGGCCACGCGAAUGGUGCCGCGCCUUUCCAGAAACUCCGCCACAGUCGUCUCAAUCAACUGCUCGUCCACGUGACCGCCUCGGCUAUCGCUGAAGGUGAAGGCCAAAAGAAGAAGCCGUUUCAAUUCCAUACUGGUCUUGGCGACAACGACAUUACCCUGACCCGCUCAUCUCCUUCGCACUUGCAAGAUUUCAUCCGGGACCAUCCCAGUGUGCCAAUUGUGCUGCUCCAUGGCGGCUACCCGUGGACAAGAGAGAUGGGAUAUCUUGCCACUCACUACGCCAAUGUCUACGCGGAUAUCGGCGAAGUCUUUCCCAUGGUGAGUCGCCACGGCCAAGAGUCGAUCUUGAGGCAGAUCCUCGAGUUGUGUCCUUGGACCAAGGUACUGUGGAGCACAGACGGCCACUGGUUUCCCGAGACUUACGUCCUUGCCACCAUUCAAGCUCGGAACGUAUUCAAAUCGGUUCUCGGAGACUUGGUGCACCUGGGUGACUUGAGCCAGGCACAAGCAAUCCAGCUUGUCAAGGAUGUCUUCUUCAAUAACUCAAACAAGCUGUACGACUUGCAUAUAGAGAGUCCAGGCGCUGUGCAAGCUCCUACCGUUGCAGCGCAGCAUACAGACCUCACAGGCUCUGUAGCUUUGUGUCACACUGAGCGACCAUCAUUCAUACAGCAGUUGCGCAACCUGGGCCCAAAAUGGCUCCGUGUAUAUUGGCACGACUACACCUCCAGCGCGCGGUGCAUGCUCGUGCCAAUGGGAAAAGUCUGGAAAAGUCUCGAGCGAGACGGACAAUUCUCUGUGGCCAUCACCAAGGCUUCUUUGGGAAUACUGCAAGUGGACAUGUGUGCACCUGGGGUAACUGGUACGGGAAUGUACCGAUUCAACGUGGACUGGACAACCAUGAAGGCAGGUCCGGUCACUGAUCAUGUUAGUUGCUUUGGGCACUUCACGGACGACGGGGCUGAGGUGCCUCUAUGCCCACGGACCUUGCUCCGCAACACUCUUCGCCAAGCCGCUGGUGCUGGCCUGUCUUUCCUGAUUGGCUUUGAAAUUGAGUUUGUCGUUAUGCAGAGGACGACCAACUCAUCUGGCAAUGAUGCCUAUCAGACUCUGCCGAAUGAUGGCCACGCAUGGGGCAUGUCCCGCGUCCUCGCCGACUGGGGCCGCGACGGGAGUUUCAGAACGGCUGUGGACGAGAUCAUGGAUGCCUUGGACCACGCAGACAUUUCGAUCGAGGCCUUCCAUCCAGAGAGCGCUCCCGGUCAGUAUGAGAUCGUACUAUCAGCCCUGCCGCCCAUGGAAGCAUGCGACACUCUUCUGCAUGCCCGGCAGAUCAUCGAAUCUGUAGUAGCACGCCACGAUUUCCGAGUCACCUUGCACCCAAAACCGUUCCCGCGGGCGUGUGGCACUGCAACUCACAUGCAUUUAUCAGUCACUUCUAAGAACGACGGCAGCAAAGCCGAUGCGGAGCGAACAUACAAACUCUUCUAUGGGGGCAUCAUGGACCACAUGGCGGCCAUCCUGGCUGUCACGUACCCCAGCCCGGCAAGCUACGAGCGCAUGGUGGACAGCUUCUGGGCCGGGGGGCGCUGGAUCACCUGGGGCACGCAAAACAAGGAGGCGCCUCUGCGCCAGUGCGAGGGCAGUCACUGGGAGUUCAAGACCAUGGACGGCCUGGCAAACCCGUACUUUGCGGUCACGGCGGUCCUGUCGGCCGGCCUGGACAGUAUACUUCGCACCAAGACGAGUGUGGACAAUUGGGGAGACUGCAAAGGGGACCCGGCCAAGCUGAGCGAUCUGGAAAGAAAAGAGCUGCGCAUUACCAAGAUGUUUCCUGCGAACCUGCCCGAGGCCCUGCGAGCCCUCGAAAAGGACCAGGCUGCAACCGGUUUCCUGUCCAGGGACUUUGUGGAGAGAUACGUAACGGUCAAGGAUGCCGAGGUUGGACUUUUGAGCGGACUGAGUGACGAGGAGCGGCGUACGUGGAUUAUAGCGAGAUAUUGAAUGGAGGUGGUAGUAUUGCACUAGGACGCGCUCCUCAAUGAUACCUACCACCAACCAUACAGACAAUGUCACGGGCAAAACGUCCAUCGGUAGCAACUAAGGUCUCUUCAAUAC